UAUGCCCAAUUAGACAAUACAUCUGUUUGAAUCAGUGCCAAACUCUCAGUUCAAAUACCCAUGAAGAAGUCUUACAACCACAUAAGAUGUUGAUAUUGGCAAAUUUCUCAAAGAAGCCCGGGGCUUGCUAUUUGCAGAUGAUCGAUUACCUACUUGAAAGCUUCGACCACGUCCAAAUCGAUCGAUCAUGCAUGAUCUGCACCACAAACGCCAUUCCAAAGCCUCACAAUAACAACUUCCCGAUUCAUUGUGUUGUGCACCCAUUGUUGGUGCCAAGAAGGAGAAUUUACUAUUAA